GAGAGGGUGCAGGCUGAGAGACGCUGAUGACACAGAACAAGAGAGAAAGGGAUAGCGAGAGUGACGUAGAGGGAAGAUGGACUCAAUGAAAGAAUAAACAGCAGAAUUUUUAUCUCCUCUUUGUUUUGUUGACAGAUGUUUUGUUUUUGAGCUGGGUUUUCCGGACAGUGGCUCAGCCUUUGUUUGUGCUGGUUUUUGCCUGUUUUCCUGGAUGCUGGAUGACUGGUUCUGAUGGACUCGGUGCUGCUGGACACCAGAGCUUCACCCACUGAGUGGAAAGUGUGAGAUGACAUCUGGGACACGUGACAGAGCGCUGUUCCGGGCAGCUGAAGAGUCGCAGCAGCAGGAUCUGAAGCUCCAGGAAUGAGAAGCUGAGGUUCGAGUGGCGAAGGAACGGGAAGUUUUUCAACAUUGGGAAGGAUCCUAGGGUGACGAUGCGAAAGCGCUCAGGAACCUUGGAGAUCAGUUUCCGUAGCGGAGGCCGACCGGAGGACUACGAAGGACAGUACCAGUGUAUCGCCAGCAACGAUUUUGGGAAAGCUCUGUCCAACAAGAUUCUGCUCCGGGUCUCCAAGGCUCCCCUGUGGCCUAAGGAGGUGCUGGAGCCUGUGACGGUGACUGAAGGCUCUUCGCUGGUUCUACCAUGUAACCCCCCACCGGGCCUGCCUCCACCCUCCACCUUUUGGAUGGACAGCAGUAUGACCCCCAUCGCCCAGGACAAGAGAGUGUCCAUGGGUCUGAACGGUGACCUGUACUUCUCCAACGUUCUUGUUCGAGAUGCUCAGACAGACUACAGCUGCAACGCUCGCUUCCUCUUCACACACACCAUCCAGCAGAAGAACCCAUUCACACUCAAGGUUCACACCAAGGAGCCGUAUAAUGACACAUCACACAAUACCACUGACGGUGGCCGUAAAGCUGUAGAGUCAACGCCAAGCUUCCUCUCACCCUCAGGAAGUGAAAGCUCCAAGAUGGUGCUACGGGACGAGCAACUGCUGCUGGAGUGUAUCGCUGCUGGGCUCCCGACUCCCACCAUCAAGUGGUUUAAGAAGGGUGGAGAGCUGGCAGAACGGAAGGUGAGGUUCGAGAACUACAACAAAACACUGAAGAUCCUCAGGGUGUCAGAGGAAGAUGCUGGAGAGUACGUCUGCAUGGCCAACAAUCAUCUAGGCAGCAUUCGUCAUUCUAUCUUUGUCCAAGUGAAAGCGGCUCCCUACUGGCUGGAUAAACCUACGAACCUGGUGCUGGCCCCAGACGAGAGCGACCGUCUAGUGUGUCGGGCCAACGGGAACCCCAAACCCAACAUCCAGUGGCUCGUCAACGGAGAGCCCAUAGAAACCGCUCCUCUGAACCCAAACAGGCAGGUUCUGGGGGACACCAUCCUCUUCCACUCGGUGCAGAUUGGAAGCAGUGCCGUGUACCAGUGCAACGCCUCCAACCAGCAUGGUUACCUCCUGGCCAACGCCUUCAUCAGCGUCUUGGACAUGUCUCCGAGGAUGCUGGGCCCCAACAAUCAGCUGAUCAAAGUGACGGAGAACAAACAGAUCUUCCUGGACUGCCCCUUCUUCGGCUCUCCUCUGCCAGUGUUGCGCUGGUUUAAGAAUGGACAGGGCAGCGGGCUGGAUGGUGGGCAGUACCGGGUGUACAUCAACGGGAGCCUGGAGAUAAAACGGGCCCGGAAGGAAGAUGAGGGCAUCUACACCUGUGUGGCUACUAGCAUCAUGGGCACAGCGGAAAACCAGGUCCGCCUGGAGGUCAAAGAGCCAACUCGUAUAAUCCGAGCCCCCAUGGAUCAGUCAGCUGUCAGGGGCUCUGCGGUCCGCUUUGAGUGUGUGGUGAACUCCAGCCAGCCCACCAGCGUGACCUGGACCAAAGACGACAGGCCGCUGUAUCUUGGAUGGAGACUGAAGAAGGACGAAACGUCUCUGACUAUUCCCAAUGUCAACGAGGGGGACAAGGGGACGUACACCUGCACUGUUAGAUCUGAGAUAGACCAGGACUCAGCCUCUGCCCACCUCACUGUUUUAGAGGAAGCCUCCCCCAACCACUCAGUCUCUAGUGCCUUACCUGCAGGCCGACCAGACCCACCUACAGACCUGGACCUGUCAGAUCCAACAGCCAGAAGUGUUCGCCUCACCUGGAUUCCUGGGAAUGAGCACAGAAGCCCGGUGACAGAGUUUCAUGUCCAGUUUGAAGAGGACCGCUGGGAGCCAGGAAAGUGGCAGAAUCUGUCCGUUUACCCCGGAGACCUGAACUCUGUCAUCCUGCAGCUCGCCCCCUUCGUCAGAUACCAGUUCAGAGUCAUCGCCAGAAACUCCGUGGGUCUGAGUGAGCCGAGCCAGCCCUCCCCUCGAUACACAACCAGCGGAGCUCCCCCUGAUGCCAUUCCCAGAGACUUACGGGGAUGGGGAUCCAAAAAGGACAACAUGAACAUCACCUGGGAGCCUCUGCGGGACCUGGAGAGGAACGGUCCACACCUGCACUACUGUGUGUGGUGGAGGCGAAAGGAUUCUGGGGAGGACUGGAACAAUGUGACCACCUACCAGUCCAAGCAUCUUGUACACCCUACUGGAACAUACGUGCCUUAUGAGAUCAAAAUCCAGGCCAGGAAUGAGUUUGGACACGGACCUGUGUCUAAUGUUGUCAUUGGAUACUCUGGAGAGGACGAGCCCACAGACACACCCACUAACCUGCAGGUGUCAGAGGUCACCAACACCACAGCAGUCAUCCACUGGACGCCUGUGCACAUGAGUUCGGUCCAGGGAGAGUUCAAGGAGUACAGACUGUACUACUGGCGAGAGUCCAGUCAGCUUCCCGGCCUUGCAGUGAGCAAAGAGAAGAAGACUCGAGGCUUCUACACCACGGUGGCUGAGCCGUCUGGUCUCCUCGCAGACCUGGUGCCCUACUCCAACUACAAGAUGUUCAUGGUUGUAGCUAACAACCAUUUUGAGAGUCCACCCAGCAACACGGUGGAAUUCAGCACCAAGGAAGGCGUUCCUGGUGCUCUUCGGUUCUUCAGGAUUAACCGCAGAAGUUUGGACACCAUCCAUCUAGAAUGGGACAAACCUCAAGAGCCCAACGGCGUUCUGAUCGCCUACCUGCUCAAAUACCAAACAGUAAAUGGUUCCAGAUUGGGUCAUCUCCACGGGGAGACUUUCCUCCCUAAUGUGACAGAAUUCACCCUUCGCCUCCCAAACCCAACCUCCCGCUACAACUUCAUGCUGGCAGCUCUCACCAAGCUGGGAACAGGGGUGGUCUACUCUGAGGAGUCACCACACUUCUCCAAUGAAGUUAACGUUUCGGAUCCCUUCUUGUCCUCUGCUUUCUCUCCUCUUCCUCCUGCCAUCGCUCCUACAAGUAAAACCAUACCUUUCACUGCUCCCCCGGAGGAGGCCACAACCAGCCCCCCUCUGGUGCUGGUGCCCACAGAUCAGAAAGAGUCGGUUGACUUUACGGACACCUUGCCCUCCACCUUUCCUCCUACUCCUCUUCCUCUCACUAGUGUCGCUCCUACAGCUAGUAUUGUAACAACUUUACCAGCUGCUACUACUACUACUACUACUACUACUACUACUACUACCAGUGAGGCUACCACAACCACCACACCUCCUGUGCUGGUCCCCACCAAGCCCACAGAUAAGAACGUGUUGGCAGUCCCUGGGCGAGAGAUCUGGAAUCUGACGGUGGAGCCUAACAGUAACUAUGCUAACGUCAGCUGGAGACACAACUUUCCGGCCGGCAGCAGCGAGUUUGUGCUAGAGUUCACACUGGACAGUGACAACUCGGUGAAAAAGGUACCGGUGAAACAGCAGCCCCCCGUCACUGUGGCGGAUCUGUUUGCUGGUGCAAAGUACCACCUGAGGGUUUACUCCCAUGAGCUCAACAGCGUCAGCAGCAAAAUUGUCACGUUUAAAACUAAAGCAGCAUACAUAAACCAGGUGGACAUAGCCACUCAGGGCUGGUUCAUCGGCCUGAUGUGUGCCAUCGCCCUCAUCAUCCUCAUCCUGCUGAUUGUCUGCUUCAUCAAGAGGAGUCGUGGGGGCAAAUACCCAGGUGGUGUUUUCCUGACUGCUCUCACACACUAUCUGGUUCGUGAUAAAAAGGAUCUCCCCUUGGACUCGGUGGAUCAGAAAGACCCGGAUGGAUCCUUUGAUUAUCACAGCGACGAGGACAACAAGCCUCUGCAGGGCAGCCAGACGUCUCUGGAUGCCAACGCAAAGGAAAGUGAUGACAGUCUGGUGGACUACGGGGAAGGUGGUAAUGGCCAGUUCAACGAGGACGGCUCUUUCAUUGGUCAGUACACGGUAAAGAAGGACAAGGAUGAGACGGAGGGAAACGAGAGCUCUGAGGCCACCUCCCCGGUCAACGCCAUCUACUCUCUAGCAUGAAGAAGGAGCAGAGCAUGGUGCAACUCCGACACAACCUCCUAAUACUAGCACUGCACACACACGCACACACACACACACACACACACACACACACACACACACACAGCUGAUUCUCUGAGUAGACAGAUGAAGGCAGCAGGGCCUGUCUGGAAACUGAACAGGCUCUCCUCUGGUGGAUUCAGACCGCCAGCGGUUACCGGAUGCUUCCAGCUGUGACACCACCACUGACUAGAGGUGACCUCUGCACAGAGACGCUUCCUCAGCAUCCUGACUGCCCUUCAUGCACAGACUCAGAGUGCGCCUUCAGGGCAGGCUUGGAGGCACUAAAAAGGACUUCUUAGAAAUGUUAUUCUUUUUAAUAAAACGUUUUUGUUUUAGUUCAUUCUGCUCCAAAUGUUUUUUUAUGUCCCUGCUGCCUUUGCUAAUAUGCCCCUCAUACCUCUGUGUUGCAUUGCACUAAAGUAGACAGUGAGUGUAAACACACACACACACGCUGACAUAUCAGCCUCUAACCAAUAAUCCCAACAGGACACGGGCAGAUAUGUUUAUCAUAUUGAUAUUGAAGCAGUGAAAGGUUUUCAUUCCUCCACAGCAGGUAGAUGAUCUACUGGGCCCUGAUGGAUACUGGACCCAGUGCUGGCACACAUUCUCGUGCCCCACAGAACUAUGCACAACCUCCAUCACACUUCUGCUCAAUCUGGUUUGUAAAAGUUUGGGAUUUUUUGGGGGGGUUACUCGAGUCAGAAUCACUUAUUUUUGUUCACUUUGCCUUGAAUUAGGAGGUGAACAUGUGUUAGUGCAGAUGUUCAACGCGGCUUCUGUGCAAACAGCCUCUGGUCGGUUACAUCACGCUGUAAAAUAUUCCAUUUUUAAAGAAGUAAAAUAUAUAUUUUCAAGCAUGGAAGUAACAUUUGUGCACCUAAAAAAGACAGAAGUCGCAUAGCUUAGCAAGAAACACCAAAAGAUCGAACCCUUGUCAGCCGGCGAGCUAACCGCGCAUUAGCAUCGGCUGGAACGCUUCCAUCAGUCUUCACUCUUUGAUUUGACAAAUCACUCCAGUGGCUGAUGUUUGACUGAUGACUGAAAUAAAACUUUAACACACACACUCACACACACACACACAUGUUGUGUGAACAAUCCUGAGGCAUGGUCAGACUCAACUUUGAGUCUUUUUUUUUCAUGUAUUUGUUUAUUUUUGCAGUCAUCCACACACCGACCACGCCCUCAUCGUGUGUCGUCACCUGGACGAACGCAGCUGUCCUCCGUCCGUUAGCGCGGAAUGAAACGAGAUUAUUUUUACUAACAUUAAACAUCCCGCUCUUUUGGUUCUGGUAGAGAGGGCUUUUUGAUUCGAUUUUUCUGUGCAGACCGGUCCAGCCUGCUCUAGAUGCAGGCACCACCUUGAUCUUGGAUCCAUCUCGUUGUCUGGGGUCUUUUACUGUGGUUUCUCGCUACACUAUUUAACUCUCAUGCAUAAUCAGCUAAUUCACAUUGUAUUUAAAUGUUUGUUUCUUGUUUACUUAUUACACGAUGUUAACAGUAUUAAUAUAUUUGUCUUUAAAAUUGUUUUAUACACGUUUUGAAUGAAUAGUUCUGUUGUUGUCCAGCAGGAGUAAAGAGGUCUCCAGAAUGGGAAGGUGGUUCUGAUGACGCGUCAGACCCAGGGGCCUGUUCUGAUUGGUUGUUGUGUGUGUGGGCCUUCAUGCUGUAAACAGUUGGUUGUUCCUGUUGGUGUGAAAGCUCUGUUCAUCUUUAUCAUGUAUCACUGUUACUGUGUAUCGUUCUGUACAUGAAGGCUGUGAGAAAAGAUCUUUGUACAUAAAUACAAACAGGAUUUCUUCCCCUUUUAUCUGGAAACAUCAAAGGAUGUCGCUGGUCUGAAUCCACCCAGUCAGAAGAAUCCUACAGCACCCCCCGCUGGUUGUCAUUUGUUCCAUUAUAGUUUGGAAGUCUGUAUUGUGAAAGAGAUUUGACUCGUUGAUGUAAAUAGAAGCAAGCGGCCUUGCACUAACGUGUCUGGCACAAACCCCAGAAAGGCCUGAAAACGGGCGUUUGCUGUCGUACGGAACCGUGUCCUCCUUGGAUUUGUGACCCCUGUGAGAGUGUUGACCUCCUCACCUCUACAAGAGGAUCUCUCCAUCACCAGACUCUGCUUUGGGCUCCUGCUGCUGUAGCAUCACAUCUGAUGUCACUAAUGGCUCUUUUAGCUGCUCUGAUGCGGCAGAGCUCCUCCCUGUAGCCUCGCUGCAGUCUCAGCUGGUCUCUUCAUCAUCACUAAAUCAGCAUUUAGCGUUUUCCUUUAUUUGUUGCAAAAUCAAAAGACAAAAAUCUUCAUCAGGAGUAAUGACUGAUGCAAGCUGGAAGCUGCAGUUUGUUUCAUCUCACAUCCAGUCAGUGUCUGGUUCUGGACCGGUCCUCGCUCUGGCUCUGUUGUAAUCAGUGGACAUUGUGCUGAAACAGAACCAACCCAUUACGUUUCCCAGUGACUAAGAACCUGACAGAACCGAUGUCCGUCCAGAACCAAACAACUCCAGAACCUCGGUGCUCGUGGGCACCAGCUGGGUGAUGUCAGAAGUAGACGAGCAUGAGACCAGAGACGAGACGUUUCAAUUAGACUUUUAAGAUGUUUCCCAUUUCUUUUAGUUUUCUUAGUUCUUUUAGGUUCUUGUUUGGAAAACUGCACACACACACACACACACCCCCCCCCGGUCACAUGGCCUUACCGCAGUCUUUAACGGGGAAAUGUACAUUUGCUUCAUACUAGAGAAAAACGCAUAUUUGCUGAAUAUUAGAGCUUUAUUGGGUCGAAACAGCUCACUUUAUAGGAAAAUAAAGACGAGAUGCUGCAGAGUGUAGAGUUAAUCUGGCGCACUUAAAUCUGGUUCCUAAAUGACUGAUCACAUAAUGUUUGUCCUUUUCUUUUAACAAUUUGUCACAUUUGCAUUUUUUUACCAUGUGCAUUCUAGCAGCUUGAUCAAACAUGCAAAGUAACGGCUUUUGUGAGGUACAUCUGCUCAAGAAGAACUGUAUACCCACCAUGUAUGCGUGUAUGAGAUGUUGCAUCUUCUGCUAGCGACGCCUUCUUUAUAGUAAAGCUAUCUCCUUUUCUCUA